AUGAAAUACUGGAUAAGUACAGAAGUAAACCAGAGCACGAUGAAGCAACACAGGAGGAAACGACACAUUUUUCGCUUGGAAACGAUCAAAAAGAGUGGAAAAAACGAUGCCCGACAACUGACAGAAUUCCUGCAAAUCUUGUUAGCGGAAAGCAUAAAUGGCCAGGAUAAAGCACUUAGCGCACAGAUUCGAGAAGUAUUACGUUGCUUAUCAGCCUUCGAUGACAGAGGGGAGAAGACAUUGAUUGGUGAAUGCUUAGUGGAUGUCCUGGUUCGAUUUUAUUUGGAAGAACGUGACUUGCAACUACGCCGAUUUAUUAUCGAAUUCCAGACCUUGAAAGCACAGGUAUUUUUUUUUUGUCAUUAAAA